AUGAAGUCUUUAUGGCUUGCCUCCUUGGCCAUCUGGGUGCUUAAUCCGGUGGUCGCAAAGAAAUUUGGGAAAGAGGAUCCGAGAGGCUUGCAGCUGGCACUCCUGGAGCGCGCGGAGGGCGAUGCGCGGGCUUCCUCGAACUUCUCGGAGGAGGCCUUGGAUGCCGUGGUCUCGGCGAAAGCCCUGGAAGCCGUCGGAGACGCCUUCAGUGAUGCAGGCAAUGCUUUGGGUGGUGUGGUCGAGACGGCUGGCAACUCUAUUGCCACAGCUGCUGUUCAGACCGUGAAUACCCUUACGGAAGCAGGCAUGACACUUGGCAGUGCGGUGGCCAAUGCGGCCGUCGUGGUCGGGAAACAUAUUGUCAAAGCAGCAGAAACCCAACUUGCAGCCCUUCCAGCUGCCAUCAAGACUGUGGCCGAGGAUAUUGGGAAAGCAGCGGUGCAGGUUGGAAGCGUGGUGGCGGAUGUGGGGGAGCUUGCUGCGGAUGCCACUCUUCACUUAGCAGGGGACAUCCUUCAAAGGGCCCAGAGUUCCAUCCAACAAGGAGUGAAGCUGGCCGAGAAAGUGGGGAAGUUCAUUGCAGAUAAAGCAGUAGCUUUGGGGGGCGAAGUGGCCAAAUUGGGACCUUUGGUUGCAGGAUUGGCGGAAGCUGCUUGGAACGAGAUCAAGGGCUUCUUGAGCUGCUUCACUGAGUCCUUGACCUUGUGCCAUGUUCUCCUUGGCGGCCAGUGCGAUUGCAAUGCUGGCUCCCACGUUACUCCCAACGCAUCCGGGUUCUCCAUGAGAUGUGUCUUUGAUUCAUCCUCGGAUUUUGCAUCGGGCUUCGGUAUCCGGGCCGUGCCUGCCCAGAAAUUUCCCGGAAGAACUGCCAAGGGCACUGUGAUUUUACCAGGAGACGAGUACGUGCAGGCGUACAAGAUGGCAGGCCAAAUCAUGAGGUCUCGGCAGGCUCUGAAAGAAAGGAAGGCGAAGGCGCCCAUAGGCUCUUGUGAAAGUGCCCUGGACCUGGCCUUUGAGGGUGCGGCUCAGUUUGCACCGGACAUCUCCAUCAGCAUGAGCUUCAAUGGUGACACGGAGAUUAGCAUCAAGGGCCUCAUCCGUGCCUCCAUCGAUGCCUUGGUCUCCGCCCAGGGCUCUUGCGCCUUCCACGCCGAGAAGGGCAUUCCCAGACUUCCCAAGAGCAAGGUGAUCUGCGGGGCCUACUUCUGCUUGGCGAUCAUGCUCCAAGUCGUCGCGGAGCUCGACAUCAAAGGCAUGCUCACGGGCACGCUCGAGAUCUCGGCUGAUGUGGACUUUGAGAUUGAAGGUACUGUGACGGUCAAUCCUUCGGGCGAGGCGAAGGCAAAUUUCCGGAACCCCUCGAUCAAGCACCAGGACGGCUUUGCCAUUGGCGCAAGUGCGUCCUCGUCCGUACGUGUCGGGAUGGGCCCGGUCCUCACAGUGUGGCCGGUUCCGGGGAUUCCCAUCAACUUCCAUGCCAUGAUUAAUGCCGAAGCCAAAGCUAUGGGCACUUUGAGCUUCAGCUCGGGCAUGUUCUUGCUCCAAGAGGAGUCUCACCAUUCGACUGGCACGGACAUGAACGCAAGCUCAACGAGGUCCAAUGAGAUCGGAAUGUGCGGUGCAGCCGCCUUGAGCACAUACGCUGACGUAGACAUCACAAGCUUCGCGCUGCCGUCCUCCUUCAGGGCGGCGAUUUCUACUUCAUUCUUGAUGGAUCAAAUUACGGCCGCUGUCAUUGCUGGUGCCACAGCAAUGACAAGAUUGGUCACCGGUGCAAUGGCUUGCAUCCCAGGUGGGGAUGCAGUCGAGAACACGAUCAUGUCGGCUGCCAACACUGCGGCCUCCGCCAUCGCGGGCCUCAUCCCAGAUCUGGAUCUCGACUUCUCAGUGGAGUCCAUCCAGCUCAUGGCCCCUCAGAAGCUUUGGUGCAAGGAAGUCUUCAAGACCCCAGGUUUCGACGCUGCUCCCUGCGCAGCAGAGAUCGGUUGCAAGUUUGCCGGCAGACCACCGCCACGUGGAGUUGAGAUGGCACCUCCAGAGCAGGUCACAAACCAUGUCGAAUCGGAUGGGGCGGCAGCAGCCUGCCAUGAUAUUCCGAUGGGCGAUCGGUUCAUUGAGCUUGGGCGCUUUCGCUUGGCGGACAUUGACGGCAACCACUUCUCGAUCUCGCACGAGGAAGGCCCGACGACGAUUCAGAUCUUCAGGAACGAUGGCACCUUGCACGGAGGCCCGAGGAGCGAUUAUAGCCCCUGGACGAGGGAGGUUGGGGCCUCGAAGGGCAUCCAUUUUGGUUUCCAGUACAUCCAGAUUGGGAACUUCCGUCUGGGUGCUUACGACGACACGCAUUUGACGAUUUCGCACGUUGAUGGCAAGACUGCUCAAGUUUUCCGAAGUGACGGUACAUUGCAUCCCGGACCCCGGGACGACUUUUCAACCUUCGAUCGUGCGGAGGGCGUGCCAGCUGGCAUCAGCUUCGGGGAUAGGUUCAUUCAGCUCGGCAGGUUCCGGAUUGGAGAUUCCGAUGGCAACAAUCUGGUGGUGACCCACCCUGUGAAGGAGCGGAGCCCUGCUGCGUGGACCUGCCACGACAUUGCCGAGAUGGCCUUCGGGGUUUGCGAUCCAGAUUUUGGAGCUUGGGGGGAUCGCUUUAUCCAGCUUGGCGAGUGGCGGCUGGCGGCUAUCGACGACACUCACUUCUCCAUUUCGCACAAAGACGGCCAGACUGCCCAAAUCUAUCGCAGCGAUGGCUCUUUGCAUCCUGGACCACGUACAGAUUACGGGGCCUGGCACAGAGCGCUGGGUUUUCCCUUUGGCAUCACCUUUGGGCCCGGCUUCAUCCAGAUCGGCAAGUUCCGACUGGGAGCAGCCAACGACGAGCACUUCUCCAUCUCUCACCGCGAUGGCAAUACCAUACAGAUCUUCCGCGAUGACGGAACCCGCCACACUGGACCGAGACAAGAUUGGGGCCUGUGGGGGAUUACCGCUGGACCAGCAUCUGGUGUCACAUUCGGGGACAGGUGGGCUUCUUACUCAUAA